UUGCAAUGUCCAUCAUGCAACCCUACAAGCCUCACCACAUAGGGUUCUUGCAAUUGGUAUCAAGCUUGGCGAACCAAGGCUACAGUAGCGAAGUUCACGGUGGAUGGAUGCACGUGUGGAUGCUUCCAUGGUGGUUCGUGUGCUUCGUACUCUGUUUGGCCUACACAUGCAAUUUGGUGGCUUUCCUUUCCGUCACCGUGCCUACAAAACGCAUUGAAACCAUCAACGAGCUAGCCGACUCGAAUAUAAUCGUGGCUAUGGAAGACUACGGAAAUUUUGUUCCCGAUGCACUGCGGCAAUCAACAGACCCAAGCUUGGCGAAAAUUGGGGCCAAAUUACAAUUAUUUCAUUCCAACGAGGAGUUGGGCCCAAUGCUACGGGAGAAAGUAGCUAAAGGGACACAUGCUGUUAUUAAUGGACAGUCCUACCACUACUAUGUCAGGGAUAUCAACAAUGUCACGUCUCAGACCUAUUUCAUGCAAGAAGUGUUGUACCCAAGCUACCUGGUAUACUACCUACCGAAAAACACGCCCUACACCGAACUGCUUUCUGAGAACCAGCAGCGCCUCGUAGAGGCAGGCAUUAUACGAAAACUCUACAACAAACACAUGUUGAAGGAGAUUCCCCCUGAUAAGGAAGAUGAUUUGCGACCCCUGGCUUUGUCCCACCUCGCGGCCGCCUUCAUCCUCUGUCCCUGCCUGUACGUGGGAGCAACUUUGUGCUUGCUGCUGGAGCUACUCACCGCGCGGCGUGCGAAGCAAGGGAAAAACACGUACGCCAUGGAAACCCUUUUUCUGGGCUAAAUUUUUUAUUAUGCGAAGCGCGAAAUUCCAUAGGAUGAGUGGAAUUUGCACAGUUCCAUGCAUUUCCACAAUUAAAAAGAACACAGCU